GAGGACCAUUUUUGCGCAACAAACCACUCCGGGUGUGAUCCAGGUGUCAAGUGACUAUAGGAGUGUAUAGCCUGCUGAAAACAUUCCCUUUGGACAGUAAGAUGAAACGACUUAAUAUCACCAUCUGCCUGCCUUUAGGUUACCGUUCUCUGUCGCGAGCAGAUCCACUAACAAGAUGUUGUAUUUUACAGAGAGUAUGGGCCGUAUUUAACCUGAGGCGCUAAAUACCUGCACUACAGUGCGAUAGAAAUACAAAGUAAAUUAGUACGUUUACAUGCACACUAAUGACUCAAUAUUAUUACACUUGGUAGAACGUUUAUUUACAUUCCCACCAGACCUGAUUUCAGAAGUGAUCAUGUAAACAGGAUUAUUAGGGAAAAUGUUCUUUUUGUAAAGCAUGUAAAACGUUUACAUUGAACUAAUAUAUUCAUGUGACUAUUAUUGUCUACAUGUAACCGACGAUACGCAUUACUGUCUCUGAUUUUGCGGAGACUGGAUUCACUUAUACUCUGCAUAUGUCGACUUAAUCGGAAUUUACCUUUCUAUUUCAAAUAGAGAAGCCCUUUGUGAAAAGAGGGGAUCAUAUAUACAUAUUUUACUCGGAGCCACGGGGUUUUUCCUGCAUUCCGAUGUUCUGAGAGUUCUGUGCUGGCUGGGUGUGUACCAGAUGACGCAGCAGCCAGGUGAGAGAUAAACCAUGCGUCGAGACCUGCGUUGAGGUAGAACAACUGACUGACUAUGGAAGAAGAUCAGAAGAACCCUAUCCUGAAAGAGGGAUUCCUUGUGAAACGGGGCCAUGUAGUUCACAACUGGAAGGCUCGCUGGUUUGUACUCUAUCCAGACCAGUUGCUCUACUAUAAAUAUGACGGAGGGAAGCGAGACUCCUGUCAACGCGGGAGGAUCAUGUUGACCGAUUGUAAAAUCUCUUGUCCGUUUCUGGAGUAUGACAACCGCCCGCUGGUGUUCAAACUGCAAACCAAGAGUUCUGCCGAGUACUUCCUGGAGGCGUGUUCUCGGGAGGAGCGUGACCAAUGGGCAGCGGAUAUCGGUGCAGCGGUGGAGAAGCUCCGCCCAGCUGACUCUCCUACCCCGAGCCAGUCUAAAACCACUGGGCACCGGUCACUACAACUACACAGCGUCAGCCUGAACCAGGUAGUGGACUCCAUGUAUGAUGUCCACAGUGGCAUCAAGCUGACCAGCCACAAUGAACAGGGAAGCUCCUACAGCAACUGCUUCUCAGGUUCUGCGGUGGUGGACUGGCUGGUGUUCAAUCAGCUGGCUCUGACCCGUGUAGAGGCUGUGACUCUGUCCUCGGCCGUCCUGGAGGAAGGUUUCCUACGCCCUGUAGGUCUGAGGAGCGUUGAGGCUCAGCGCAGCCAUGGACUCAGUGAGCAGUUCCUGGAUGACUCCACUGCUCUCUACAGCUUUUCAGAGAACUUUAAGAAAAGAGGCAGUGUGAAGGCUGAGACUUCCCUAUCAACCAUGGAACUAAGUGGGAAAGUCCUGAAAAGGGGCUAUCUACUGAAACAGGGACACAAAAGAAAGAACUGGAAGGUUCGACUGUUUGUGCUGCGAUCAGAGCCAGGUUACCUCCACUACUAUGACCCCAGUAAGGAUGACAUCAGUCCCGUGGGCGGGUUCUCUCUCCGAGGCUGUCUGGUCUCUGCUCUGGACGACAACGGUGUUCCUUCAGGUGUGAAGGGUAAAGUCCAAGGUAACCUGUUGAAGAUCAUCACUCAGUUUGAUACUCACUACUACAUCCAGGCUCCCAGCAGACAGGAGAGGAUGGACUGGAUAGAAGCUAUCAGAGCACAGAGUUAAAUAAACUCAAGCUUAUUACUUUAACGUAGUGUUUUAGGUGAGGCUGUUAUUGAUACACCCAAUCCAUACAGGUUUUUAAACAAACUACUAUACAAAUCUUCUAGCGUAUAAAGAUUCCAAUAAAUUAUACAUUCUAUGAAUGUAACCAUACAAAGUUAACAGUUUGGAAUAAUGUUUUUAAAUCGUGUAAAUAGAUAAUUCAACAUGGUGUUGUUUUGAAUAUUAAAUAAAGCAUUUCCCCUGUGAGAAGGCC